CUGAAGUGUGUGUGUCUUUUGUGUGACUCUUCAAACUUUACCUGCCAAACUGAAGGAGCGUGUUGGGCCUCUGUCAUGUUAACCAAUGGGAAAGAGCAGGUCAUCAAAUCCUGUGUGUCUCUCCCAGAAUUAAAUGCUCAAGUCUUCUGCCACAGUUCCAACAACGUGACCAAAACAGAAUGUUGCUUCACAGACUUCUGCAACAACAUCACACUACACCUUCCAACAGUAUCGCCCAACGCCCCCAGACUUGGCCCCACGGAGCUGACUGUUGUUAUCACUGUGCCUGUUUGCCUCCUGUCCAUAGCUGCCAUGCUGACAAUAUGGGCAUGCCAGGACCGCCAAUGCACAUACAGAAAGACCAAGAGACACAAUGUGGAGGAACCUCUGGCAGAAUACAGCCUGGUAAACGCCGGAAAAUCACUCAAAGAUCUGAUUUAUGAUGCCACUGCCUCAGGUUCAGGCUCUGGUCUGCCUCUUCUGGUCCAAAGAACAAUUGCGAGGACUAUCGUACUACAAGAAAUAGUAGGAAAAGGUCGAUUUGGGGAAGUGUGGCAUGGAAGAUGGUGUGGGGAAGAUGUGGCCGUGAAAAUAUUCUCCUCCAGGGAUGAACGAUCUUGGUUUCGUGAGGCAGAAAUUUAUCAGACAGUGAUGCUGAGACACGAGAACAUCCUUGGCUUCAUUGCAGCUGACAACAAAGAUAAUGGAACUUGGACUCAACUUUGGCUUGUAUCAGAGUAUCAUGAACAGGGCUCCUUAUUUGACUAUUUGAAUAGAAAUAUAGUGACUGUGGCUGGAAUGAUCAAGCUGGCACUUUCAAUAGCCAGUGGUCUGGCUCACCUACACAUGGAGAUCGUUGGUACUCAAGGUAAGCCUGCUAUUGCUCACCGAGAUAUUAAGUCAAAGAAUAUCUUAGUGAAAAAAUGUGACACUUGUGCCAUAGCUGACUUAGGGCUGGCUGUGAAACAUGAUUCAAUCAUGAACACUAUAGACAUACCUCAGAAUCCAAAAGUGGGGACAAAGAGGUAUAUGGCUCCUGAAAUGCUUGAUGACACAAUGAAUGUGAGCAUCUUUGAGUCCUUCAAGCGAGCUGACAUCUAUUCUGUGGGGCUGGUUUACUGGGAAAUUGCUCGAAGGUGUUCAGUUGGAGGAAUGGUUGAGGAGUACCAGUUGCCUUAUUAUGACAUGGUGCCUUCAGACCCUUCGAUAGAAGACAUGAGGAAAGUUGUUUGUGACCAGAAGUUCCGACCAAAUAUCCCGAACCAGUGGCAAAGCUGUGAAGCACUCCGGGUCAUGGGAAGAAUCAUGCGGGAGUGCUGGUAUGCCAAUGGAGCAGCCCGCCUGACAGCCCUGCGAGUGAAAAAGACCAUUUCUCAACUGUGUGUCAAGGAAGACUGCAAAGCCUAA